AUGUCGUCUCCAUUUGUUGUCAAUUGGGGUGUUAUGGGCCCCGGCAGAAUCGCAACUUUGUUUGUUAACGACUUCCUCAAUUCCAAAGAUCCUUUGAGAAAAUCUGUUCUUGAUAAGACAAUUGAGCAUAGGUUGGUAGCUGUUGCCUCCAGUUCUUCAGUAGACAGAGCGCAGAAAUUUAAAGAUGAGAGCAUUCACCAGAGUUCUAACGAGGAGAUUAAGUGCUAUGGUUCUUAUGAUGAGAUUUAUGAUGAUCCGAAAGUGGAUAUUAUUUACAUCGCUACUCCUAACAUGACACACUUUAAACUUUGCUAUCAAGCCUUGACUCAUGGAAAGCACGUUCUUUUGGAAAAACCGUUCACUAUCAACCACAGGCAAUGUGAGAUAUUGACUCGUUUGGCCAAGGAAAAGCAUCUUUUCCUUAUGGAAGCUUAUUGGACAAAGUUCAAUCCUGUUUACCGAGAGAUUUGCGACUAUUUAUUUGGCAGCAAAGAAUGUGACAUUGGCACAAUUGAAAGAGUUAUCUCUGAUUUGAGUAUGGUUUUUCCUCGGAAUGAUCCCGGCAUGGAGAGAAUUUACAAACCGGAAUUGGGAGGAGGUGUCAUCAUGGAUAUUGGAAUCUAUGCACUUUACUGGGCCUUGGGAUUCCUUGACAAGGACAACAAGCAAGCUAUCCCUCAGAUUACGUCUUUCGCCCACAACGCAGAUACUGGAGUCGAUAUCUCCACAGCUGCAAUCCUAAAGUACGGUAAUGGCACACUUGCAGUUUCUACUUGCUCGGGUAUCGUGAAAAACGAAGGCCAUGAUGUGCUUAUCAAUUGCACCAAGGGCCGCGUGAUUGUGGACCAGGCAUCCCAUCCCACCGAGUAUUGGAUUUAUGAUAACGAAAAUAAGCAGCUAGUUCAUAAGAAGUUUGAAUUCGAUGGAGAGGCCAUGUAUUUUGAAGCCGAUCACGUGGCCGAAUGCCUCUCCAAGGGAUUGACUGAAAGUCCUCUACAUACCAUGGCACACGCUGCCAGAAUGUCCAAAAUCUUGGACACGAUCAGAAAGCAGGUUGGCAAUGUUUAUUCCGAGACCCUUGAAUCUGUCGGAGUUUAG